UACCAGUCGGUGCUGAAAAGAAAUCUGUUCUACAAAUAUUCUACAAAAUUAUCCAAAAGAUACUAAACAUCGCAAUGAAGCUGCUGACAGUGUCUGUACUUCUUUGUGCAAUGAUGGCUCUCAUCAUUGCUGCUGAAGAAGGUGUCAAGAGUUUGGCAGAGGCAAAGUCACCAGAAGAGCAUCUUGUUGAGAAGAGAGCCAUAUGUCACUGGUGUCACUGGACCAGGUUCGGCAACCGAUACUUCCGCUAUUUUCCUCAUCACUUGGAUUGGGCUCAUGCUCAGAGACACUGUCAGUCUAUGCAUGCAAACCUGGCAUCUGUACGCAGCCUCAGAGAGUACCGAGUGAUUCAAACGGUCAUAUAUCAUGCCACUCACAGUUACCCACUUACAUGGAUUGGAGGCUCUGAUGCUCAAAAGGAGCGUCAUUGGUUUUGGAUCGAUGGAACUCCUUUCAAAUUUACGUACUGGUGUCGUGGAGAGCCUAACAACCAUAAGCACAGAGAGCACUGCAUGCACAUGAACUGGUCAGGACACAAAUGUAUGAAUGAUAUAAACUGUCACUACCGAUACCCAUAUGUCUGCGUCAGGAAAGUCCUGGGAUGAAGACAUGGUUCACCAAACAAA